CGCAACGCGUUUUAAAGUGAACAUUAACGGUCCAUUCUCAUGUCAACUCAUACGGUUAUAUUUUCUAUGAAGUCAAACAGUUUGUUAAACGAAUCAAGUUGCAUUUCGUGGUAUUUAGCUUGUUUAUUUGUUGUUAUUAAGGUAGCUAGACAGCGAUGCUAACUGGAGAUUGAGGAAGUUUGAGCCACUCCAUGUAUCGGUGAAGUUACAUUACAAGAUAAACGUAUAUUGUGUUUUUUAGGCUUGUAUUAACUCAACACAUUACUUAUAUGUUGUAUUUAAAACGAACAUGCCAUUUUGAUACGUUUUUUAUCAACGAACAGCCGUUAUCUUUCAAUGAUUAUGUUUGAUAACCCCCCCUCCGUUCAAUGCAGUUGGUUGCGUCUGUUGCCGCUGAGAGCUGCUCUCCUUCCUGAAAGACACUUGCAUUGGAGCCACGGAUGUCGCUUUGAAGGGGUAGAGACGUUAAAGCUGAAGAUUCCUGAGGAUCUUGUCAUCUUGUCUUGUUCUUUCCCACAUGGCAGUAAACCACUCACUUGAAGAUUAAACUAAGUACCCUCAGCUCCAGAACAUUGCACUCGUAGAUGCCACUCAGUCUCCGUCUUUGCAAAUGGCUUGCUGCUUAAAGGACGAGCUCCUCUGUUCCAUCUGCCUCAGCAUCUACCAGGACCCCGUCAGUUUCGGCUGCGAGCACUACUUCUGCAGGAAGUGCAUCACUGAGCACUGGAGCAGGCAGGAGCUUCACGGAGCGAGGGACUGUCCUGAGUGCCGGAGGACCUUCACCGAUCCCCAUCUCUCGCCCAGUCUCAAGUUGUCCAACAUUGUAGAGCGCUACUCAGCCUUCCCGCUGGACGCCAUCCUCAACGCUCAGAGGAGCUCAUACCCCUGCAAGGACCACGAAAAGGUCAAGCUCUUCUGCCUCACCGACAAAAGCCUGGUGUGCUUCUUCUGCGACGAGCCAGCGCUACACGAGCAGCACCAAGUAACCACUAUUGACGAGGCUUUUGAGGAGAUACAGAGGGAGAUGAAGGAGCAGCUGGCCACCCUGCAGGACAGUGAGAAGGGACACACUGAAGCCCUGCAGCUCCUGCAAAGACAACUCACCGAGACCAAGUCCUCCGCCAAGAGUCUACGCGCAACCAUCGGCGACGCAUUUGAACGCCUUCACCGCUUCCUGCGCGAGCGUCAGAAGAGCAUGCUGGAGGAGCUGGAGAUGGACACGGCCCGCAAGCUGGCCGACAUCGAGCACAAAAUCCAGCGCUACAGCCAGCAGCUGCGCGACGUCAAGGAGGGCAUCCAGAUCCUGCAGGAGCGCCUCAAUGAGACGGGACGACACGACUUCCUGGAGGGAGUAGCCGUCACAUCUGAGAGGUGCUUCACCUGCCCUGAGUUUGAUAGAGCAGUCCCAGUGUCAUCACUGCAGACCGAUAAGAACAAAAAUGUGGUUGUAAACACAUUCGCUUCAAGAAGGAUUAAAGGGAAGAUACAUGAGACCAAUCUGACGUAUGAAGAUUUCCCGACAUCUAAGUACAUGGGGCCCUUACAGUACACGAUAUGGAAGUCGCUUUUCCAAGAUAUUUCACCAGUGCCAGCAGCCUUGACCCUUGACCCGAUCACAGCCCACCAAAGACUGAUCCUCUCAGACGACUGUACCAUAGUGGCCUAUGGGAAUCUCCACCCGCAGCCCCUGCAGGACUCCCCGCGUCGCUUUGACGUGGAGGUUUCUGUUUUGGGUGCAGAGGGCUUUGUGUCCGGCGUGCAUUACUGGGAAGUGAUGGUGUCGGAGAAAACCCAGUGGAUGAUCGGUGUGGCCCACGAGACAGUCAGCCGCAAGGGCAGCAUUCAGAUCCAGCCAAGCCGCGGUUUUUACUGCAUCGUCAUGCACGACGGAAACCAGUACAGCGCCUGCACCGAGCCGUGGACCCGCCUCAAUGUCAAGAGCAAGCUGGAGAAGGUGGGGGUGUACCUGGACUACCACAAAGGCCUGCUCAUCUUCUACAAUGCAGACGACAUGUCCUGGCUCUACACCUACCGGGAGAAAUUCCCCGCCAAGGUCUUCCCCUACUUCAGCCCGGGCCAGAGCCACGCCAACGGCAAGAACGUGCAGCCGCUGCGCAUCAACACUGUGCGCCUUUAAGAGCUGCACACAUCUGUGGUCCUGAUAGAUCCUUCACAGGACUUGUGGAGGUUUCAAAAAGAUAUUGAAGAAAUCAGUUUUUAAAAGUGUUUAAUAGGGUGUUUGAAAUGUUUGUUUCUUUCAGUUCAGUUCAGAAUUGUGCUUGAUGUUGCUCUUAAGUCCUGCGCUGUUAUUUAAGUGUCACUUGAAACGAUAAUGGCCUGCAAUUGAGCUUCUUUUACGCAUCUUUAAUUGAAAAGAUAACACUAGAAGGAGAUAGGCGGACCCCGGGCUCCUCUGGGGUCUGUGUAUGUACAAAAAGAAAGUGAUUAAAGCCCCAGGACCCACCUUGCCAGGGGGCUCCUGAUGUCCCCUUGCUGUCCAGGCAGGGACACUGAAGACUGGUCACUGGUCUUCUCUGUGCUGUACAGUUGGCUUAGCUUUGUGUGUGGAAUGUGAUUCGACAGCACUCGGCUCCUUAUUCUUUGUCCAGCGGUCCACCAUAAACUUCUCAAGUCUUUUCGCAAUGUUUACCCCUGUGUGAGAGCGGGAUCUUGGUUCCCCCUGCAGGUCACUAACACAGGGGUCUGUUCUUUAUUAUUGCAAGGAAAGAACUUGUUUGUCUUGUACAAGUCAUCCAGCCAUUAUUCGUCACAUAAACAAAGUAGUAGUUGUUCGGCUGCCCCUACCUUUCCAUCUUCCAGUGGAAAAACCUGUGUGGAGAGUGUCCGGAGGAUGCUGCUACACAUGGCGUAAAGACAGGCAUGUUUGUAUAACGGGUUAAAAAAAGGAAGUCUCCCAUCAUCCUGGUUGACACUUAAGUUCAUGUUCCAAAACCACAAGUAUGCUAGCCAUCAGCAUUCACUGGUAUAUGUGUGGGGAUUUAUUUUCAAGUACAUUUCACUUUCAGUCAUGAUGUUUGCUCAUUCAAUUAAAAUCUAACCAUCUGAGUACUCAGCCCUGUGAGACUGGGAUCUCUACUUGUUAAAGGCCAUCCUAUCAGAAUUGAAAACCCAAAGGGUUAAAGAUGAAGUAUUACUCACAAAUUACACAAAAACAAUCUGAUCCAUCUUAUAUAAGAUCAUAUCAUUUUAAUUAAAUGAAGUUGAGUGUUUUUGGAAAUGGUGAUUAUCGAUGAAAAUGAUAAAGGAUGCACUAAAAUGCUAUUCCUGUGAGACUGGAAAAAAUCUGUUCUAAUUCCCCUGAGACCCUGUUUAUAUCUGCCCCUCAUGUGCCUCAAGUGUUAUUUAUCAUUAGCUGUCCUGCAGAAUCUGCUCUUAAGAGGCUCUGGUCGCUCAGCCAAGUCCAGCAUACUGAGAGACGUGUCUGUGGGUGGGCGGGCAUGUGCACGGGUUUGUUUGUUCAGCUAUAAUUUUAAAUCCAGCUUUGGUUGUGCUUGAUAAAUCCCAUCUGGCCCUCUGAGCACACCCAUGUGGUGGCCAAGAGUGAUUAUUAUGAAAUACUUGGGUAAAUUGGGUAACACCUUAAUAGAUCGACACUACCAUUAUGAAAUAAGAAACAAUAAAGAACAUCACCUCAACCUCCCUCUGCCAGUGUGUGUGUGUGUGUGUGUGUGUGUGUGUGUGUGUGUGUGUGUGUGUGUGUGUGUGUGUGUGUGUGUGUGUGUGUGUGUGUGUGUGUGUGUGUGUGUGUGUGUGUGUGUGUGUGUGUGUGUGUGUGUGUGUGUGUGUGUGUGUGUGUGUGUGUGUGUGUGUGUGUGUGUGUGUGUUUGAGUGUGUGGUCUGUGUUGUCCAUUUAAAAUGAGAUUGGGGCAGUGCCCUUGUUUUUCUAGGAUUGGAUUCCUGUAUGUGCAGUACGAUGCAGACUAGGGUCAAAUGGUGAACAUCUGAAAAUGAUUUGUGGUAUUUGUUUAGAAUUGCACCGAUCUACAGUACAUGAGCAUGUUUCCAGAAGCAAUUCUACUUCGGUAUAUAAAACCCGAAGCAGUUUUUUCUUCUGGGAUUAACUCGGCAAGACAACUCGUGUAAUUAUGUGUGAAGAUAUGUCCAAAACGUUUGAACAGUCAGGCCAGUAUUGAGUUAUUUCACUUGUUUCUUAUUUAUUUUACCUGAGACGUAGAUCCUAACCAGCUGGUGCUUCAGAAAAACACUUACAUUUGACCCUGUUUUGUUGAGCUGCAGAAUUCAGUCUGUUCCAUGUCCUUUUGGGGUUGGGUUACUGGUGGUGGUGGUGAUGCUUAAUGUUAAAAAUGAUUCAUGAUGAUAAUGAUAACUAUGACACUUUUGCUGAUUAUAAUGAUGAUUGUGUCUUUGAUGAUGGCCUCUUUAAACCCAUCAUUGUGUGAACGCUCUCUAGUGUGCUUCAGCCGCAGCUGAGGUUUGUGGGAAAUGUGUAAAAUAAAUGACUGCUAAAAUCA